ACGUGGAAUGACGCCCAGAAUCAAUCCUAGCUGCCGCCGUUGCUGUCCCUCGCCGGAGCCGGGGCCGGGGCCGGGGCCGGGGCCGGACAGAACCCUCUGCGCGAGCUGCGCUGCAUCGAGUUCUACUUUGACCACGUCCAUCCCGUCACCCCGAUUCUCAACGAGGACGACUUCUGGCGGACCCUUGCCUCUGGGGCUCGUCACGACGGCUCUUGGCUGGCCCUCCUCAACAUGGUCUGCACCCUGGGCUCCGUCGCUUCCGGCAGCGACUCGCUGCACGUACACUACUACAAGCAGGCACGCGCCCACCUCGACAUAGACUCCCUCGGCUCCGGCAACAUGGAGAGCCUCCAGGCCCUCUGCCUGCUAGGCGGCUACUACCUCCACUACCGCAACUCUCCCAACAUGGCCUACGCCGGCCUCGGCGCCGCCCAUCGCGUCGCCAUAGCCCUCGGCCUGCAUCGGAAACCCGUCCCUCGCCGCCGCACCUGGUGGAGCCUGUUCUGUCUCGACACCUGGGCGAGCAUGACCCUGGGCCGUCCGACCUGCGACCGCUGGGAUGGUAGCACCAUGGACACGCUCCUGCCGUCGUCGUUGUUACCCGACGACCACGUCGCCGCAUCUCUGCGGGCCAGCUGCCUGUUCUGUCACAUAUGUGACCGGAUCCAGCACCGAUUCGCCCAGCAUGCCCGCUCGCCCGCCCAGGAGGCCUUGGCCUUCGACCGCGAGCUCAGGGAGUGGCACGCCUCCUUGCCCGAGUACAUGCGGGACCCGGCGAACUCCCCGCCCCGGCUGACGAUGGCCCGCGAGCUCAUGCGCAACCGUUACUUGAGCGUGCUGCUCAUCUUGUCUCGCUGCUUCCUGCCGUAUCUCGCCCAAGGCCACGGCCUCAGACGUCCUGCCAGCAGCAGCAGCAGCAAAAGCAACAGGAGAAACCGGCCGUUUGCCCGAUACCUUCACUGGCCACUGCCAGCAUGCCGCCGGCAGCACCCAUGGCCGCCUGGUGCGCGGGCCUCGUCAAGGCCCUCGAGGUCUUCGCCGAGAUGCGCCCCUGGAUGCGCGCCUCGGACUGCACCCCUGAAACCGUCGCGGCGCUCUACGAGGCUGUCACCGCCGAGAUUAACGAACCCGGAGCCGCCACCGGGCCCGCGACCCGCACACCCUCGGCCACAACGGACGGCAUCAUGGACCUGUUCGAGUGGUGCGACGAGCAGCUCACGGAACUGGACUGGGGCACUUACUUCGGCGUCGGCGGCGACGAUAGGAUGCAUCAGCGCAUGUUUGCCUUCUUCUGAAAGUUUGCCUCGAUGUGCGGACGCAACGACCUGGAUCAUGGGCUGUUUGCUGGUCUGAGAGCCACCGUUUCCUUUCUUUCCGUACAGAACGCAAAUAUGGCCAUGGAUCGUGUUUUCUAUACGUAGACGAUAUCCUUAAAAGGCGUCAAUGUAACUAACACAAACCCUUGGCAGUAGCGUGUCUCGCCGAGGCUUUCGACAGCCGAAUGGUAGCAGUAUCUAUGAGGAUGUGACAAGGAUGGGCAAACGGACACAGUACAGCCCU